AUGUGCAGCUCGAAACUUGCUCUCAUUAUCCUGGUUGUGGCCUGUUUGAUACUCAUCGCUUGGGCAAGGCCUCGAUCCCGAUCCUCGAUGUACAACGAGGUGACCUCCUUGCCAGCGGAACGACGAUUGAGCAAUGAGAUCCUGGACCAGAUCUCACCCAUGAGGAAACCAUCCAAGAGGCACUUCUUCCUAAAGCGAAAGAUGAUGACGAACCGGAGUCCCUUCCUUGAGCGUUUCUACAAUAUGCCGCAGCCAGAGAUUGCUCCGGGUGGAGCCAACUAUUUUGGUAACGAUGUGAUGCCAAUGUCCACCUAUGAGAUCCUGGAACCAGAGUCAUUUUAUUAA